UUCUCUUACCGUCCGCGGCAUUAUUCAGUUUCAAACUAGCUUCUUUCCCCGCCCAAUCUUCCCCGCAUCUUAACACUGCCCCUCCGCCGGAGCUGAAAAGGAGGAGAGAGAGAUUUCGCAGCAGUUCACCGGCGAAGUUUAAUCCAUUCAUUCCUGUCUCCGGUAGUUAGAUUUCCUGAAGUCUUGGAAACCAAUUGUUAGAAAUUCAGUGACAAAUUGCGGAUUCGUUUGAGAAUGCUGCAACGUGAGUAGUCCAGUAAAGCCUAGAAAGACUGGUUGCUGAAAUGGCAAGGCGAAAGGCGAAGAAGUCAGUUAAGAAGUCCAGCCCUUCACCUGUUCGAGAAGCAAAGGAUGGAUCAGCGAAUGAGCUAAAAAGUGAGGAUCAAGCAUCAUUGGUGUCCGACGAGGAUGUUGAACGGCAUGCUACUGCAAUCCGUGCGAUUCGGGAUGUGGAAAUCGAGCGUUUGAUUACUGAAUUGCGGUUGCUGCGUUCGUAUUUCAACAAAGAGCAAUUGCAAACUCCUCUAUUGCAAUUUUUCGAAGAAAAACUUCCAAGCUUGUCCAUUUCAAGACGAGGCGAACAAGGAGAAAUUGAAGUGCAAUGGAAGAAUACAGAGGAUGAAUUACACACUAAUCCAGCUGAUGGAAUAGAUAUACAUGCUUCUCUCCUGCAUCGCCUGUCCACAGCUUACCCUAACUGUUCUGCCGGAAUGCGAUCUUUUAAUGGAUUUGAAUUUUCCAGUAAAUCAGUGAAAACAAAUCCUUUCAAUGUUGAGAACCUGCAAAUUCCAAACUUCGCUUUGGAGGAACCCUCAGAUAACAUGGUGCUUGGCAUGCCAGACCUUCUCCAAACUCCUGGGGUAAGUAACCAAAGAUUGUCUAUUGGAAUGACGCCAAAAACCCGAAGGCUGCCAAAGCCGGGGGAGGUGCUUGUAUCUAUCCAUGGAUCCCCGCUUGGCGUUUACAGGGAAGAAAACAUGGAAGCAAUCCAUGAAUCAGAAGAGGGUUGAUUUGCUGAUUCAAGGCCACUUGACUGCUUGUCAAUUAAAAAACUUCAAAUGCAAUCGUCCUGAGCAUCGUUCCACCGGUCGUUCUAUCAACCUACUUGCCAUGUAUCUACCCUUUUGAUUACUGCUUAUUAAAAGCUACUCCUUGUGUAUAACUAAAAAUUUGAGUGCUUUUACUCGAGGGAACGAGCAUGAACAAACGCACAAUAUCUCCACUAGAUUUUUGUGUGUGAAUAUUUGUUGUGAACCUUGAUGUUGAUAUUGAUCAAAGGUGAAUCAAAGGCUAAAUCAGCUUUUACUCCAUUAA